CCAUUUUGGUGCAAAGUGAGAAACACGUCAAUCAUUGUGCUGGUGGUGCUUUCUCGAAAUUCGGACUCAUGGCGCAGAUGUACGUGGUGAAGCGUGAUGGCAGCAAGCAGGAGGUGAAGUUUGACGCGAUCACCCGGCGUCUUCGACCACUUUGCGAAGGCUUGGAUGCCAACUACGUUGACCCAGUGCCUGUCACCAAGAAGGUUAUUGAAGGCUUCUACAAUGGUAUCGCCACUGCACAGAUUGACACACUAGCGGCUGAGACGUGUGCUUACAUGUCUCAGAAGCAUCCAGAUUUCUCCAUCUUAGCUGCUCGCAUUGCAGUCUCGAAUUUGCACAAGAAUACAUCGGACUCCUUCUUCGAGACCUGCAAGAUCUUGCAUGGAUACACUGAUCAGCAGGGGAGGGCGGCUGCUUUGCUCGGUGACGAAGUGUGGGACUUUGUGAAGGCAAACGCGCAGAGAUUGGACGAGGCCAUUGACUACAAACGCGAUCUGGGCUAUGACUACUUCGGCUUUAAGACCUUGGAGAAAUCCUACCUCUUGCGUGUGGAUGGAAAGAGUGUGGAGCGGCCGCAACAUUUGAUCAUGCGGUGUGCAUGUGAGGUCCACUGUGGGGAUUUGGAGGGCGCACUUGAGACCUAUGAGUUGAUGUCCCGCAAGUUCUUUACACAUGCCACGCCAACCCUGUUCAACGCAGGCACCCCCACACCGCAGAUGUCGUCAUGCUUUUUGUUGACGAUGAAGGAGGACAGCAUCGAGGGCAUCUAUGACACCUUGAAGCGCUGUGCCUUGAUUUCCAAGUCCGCAGGGGGUAUUGGUGUUGCCAUCAGCAACGUCCGGGCCAGUGGGUCCUACAUCCGCGGGACCAACGGCUACAGCAAUGGCCUCGUGCCGAUGUUGCGGAACUUCAACGAGACCGCACGCUACGUGGAUCAGGGCGGAGGCAAACGCAAAGGUUCCUUUGCGAUGUACUUGGAGCCUUGGCACCCGGAUGUCUAUGAUUUCAUUGAGCUCCGCAAGAACCAUGGCAAGGAGGAGCAGCGUGCUCGAGACCUCUUCUUGGCUCUUUGGAUUCCAGAUCUCUUCAUGAAGCGAGUGAAGGACAAUGCUGACUGGACUCUCUUCUGUCCAAAUGAAGCCUAUGACACGACAGGAAAGGGUUUGAUGGACUUGUGGGGCGAAGAGUUCGAGGAGCUCUACUGCCGACUGGAAGCUGAGGGCAAAGGUCGGAAGAUUGUCAAGGCCCAGGAGUUGUUCUUCCGGAUCAUCGAAGCGCAGAUGGAGACGGGGACUCCUUACAUGCUCUACAAGGAUCAUGCCAAUCGGAAGUCCAAUCAACAAAAUCUGGGCACUAUCCAUUGCUCCAACCUCUGCACCGAGAUCAUCGAGUACACGUCACCAGAUGAGGUGGCCGUUUGCAACUUAGCUUCCAUUGCCCUGCCCAGUUUUGCCUCUGAAGAAGGCUAUGACUUUCAGAAGCUGAAGGAAGUCACCAAAGUCGUCACCAAGAAUCUCAACAAGGUCAUCGACCGAAACUACUACCCACUUGAAGAAGCUCGACGCUCCAACAUGCGCCACCGGCCCAUUGGCCUGGGAGUGCAGGGCUUGGCGGAUGUCUUCUUGAUGAUGAAGCUGCCCUUCGAGAGUGACGAGGCUCGUCGCUUGAACGAAGACAUCUUUGAGACGAUCUACUUCGCGGCCUGCGAGGCCUCAUGUGAACUUGCUGCAAUGCAUGGGCCCUAUGAGACUUAUGCAGGAAGCCCUGCGAGCAAAGGCCUUUUGCAGUUUGACCUUUGGAAUCGCCAGCCAUGCAGUGGACUUUGGGAUUGGUCUGCGCUCAAAGCCAAGAUCGCCCAACAUGGCUUGCGCAAUUCUUUGCUGGUGGCGCCGAUGCCCACGGCCUCCACAGCACAAAUCUUGGGAAACACCGAGUCCUUUGAGCCUUACACACAGAAUCUCUAUGUGCGCCGAGUUCUUUCGGGAGAAUUUGUCCAGGUGAAUCGGCAUUUGUUGAAGGACUUGAUCUCUCGGGGCCUUUGGAACGAGGAGAUGCGAACAAAGCUCAUUGCCCACAACGGCAGUGUUCAGGAGUUGGAUCUUCCACAGGAAUUGAAGGACCUCUACAAGACCGUUUGGGAGAUCAAGCAGAAACGCAUCUUGGACAUGGCGGCGGAUCGUGGUGCUUACAUCGAUCAAUCUCAAUCAUUGAACAUUCAUAUGGUGAACGCUACUACUGCGAAGCUCUCGUCAAUGCAUUUCCACGGAUGGGAGUUGGGAUUGAAGACAGGUCUCUACUACCUCAGGACUAAGGCAGCUGCGGAUGCCAUCAAGUUCACGGUGGAUGUGGGUGCAUUGAAGCGGAGUGACUCCGAGAAUGUAGAGAAAUCAGUGAUCCAAUCACUGAAAGCUGAGGGGCCAAAGUAUUCAUGCGUGAAUUGCAGCUCCUAAUUCGUCGCACGUGU